AUGCUCUCUGAAGACGAGAAAGUGAUGAAUAAACUGAAACUAAAAGAGAAACGAAUAAAACUGAAACAAACUGAUGGUAAAUGUGAAGACAUCGUCAACUUCACCACCGAUUCAUCCAAUGAUUCCUCGCAUAAGACAGUUGUGUCUGAAGUACCGGAGAAUCAAAAUCAUAGUGAAGAUGGGCUUGAUUUCAGUGUCUUUGAGAUCGAAAACUCCUAUUCGGACACAAAUAUGACAAACAUUUUAGACGUUGUAUGCCAAUCAGAUCCAUACAAUUCAUCACUUAUAUCAAUACCGAGACCAUUGACUGACUAUAGGAACCAAUUGAAUGAAUUAGAGGGCAAUAAAUUGACAGAAAUACUGUUCGCCACGAAUCAGAUCCAGGAGCCACAAACCACUACCAUUAUAUCCAACAUUAAUGAUAUGGAUGAAUAUCACGACGACAACAACUCAUUUUUACUUCAUUUAGAAUUCUUAAGGAAUGAAAGAAAUAAUCUUUACGAGGCUUACAAAAAUUACCUGGGUAAAAUGAUGCCAUUAGUACAUAACGAUCCGGUUAUUAUGCAUUUGUUGACGGCUAUCCUGCUAUUCAACCCCAAGCGUCCACACCUCACUCAUAAACAGUUAGUUAAACUUCAACAGCGAUCAUACAUCCAUUUACUCCAACGGUAUUACCUAUUGAAGUAUCGCUCAGAAUAUGAGGCGAACGCAAAGUUUAGGGAGUUAUGGGAUAUAAUGCCAGAUAUUUGUGUAUUAAGUGGUAUUUUAUGGAGGAAUGGCACCGAAGCCCAACCAACCCGUAUGGGACCUAUACUACGGGAAAUAUUUGAUAAAACAUUAUAAAUAAAUAUUUAUUUAUUUUUUUAUAUCAAUAUAAUUUGUAAAUUAC